AUGUCUUGCGGAGCCGCUGAUAUUGGGAGCAGACAGACGCCUAGGCCAGCAGCCUCUGCUGCAAGGCUUCAAUCAUUCAGUGGCCUUCUCAAGGAGAGGGGGAACCUCGUUGGAGCUGCUGUUACCAUUGGUAACACGUUUUGCGCACAAAUCACCGCAAGAGUCGGGUUUGAUUGGGUGCUCAUCGACAUGGAACAUGCCCCUAUGUCGGCACGAGAAGCGUCAAGCCUGGUCCAGGCGGUGGUAACAGCAUCAGGUGGACAAUGUGUUCCAGUAAUACGCACCCCUGCGCACGGCGUAGAGUGGGUCAAGUGGGCUUUGGAUUCCGGGGCUGCUGGCAUCAUCAUUCCUAUGGUGACCACUGCACAAGAAUGCGAAAACAUCAUUCAACGUGCCGUCUAUCCACCACGAGGUCAACGCAGCUUCGGGCCCUUUCUCGCGCCAUAUGCCGAUAUCGACCCCGCAGCCGAUGUCACAAAAUAUAUGAAAGAACGCGCGAAGGAGGUGGCAAUCAUCCCCAUGAUUGAGUCUAUGGAGGGUGUGCAGAACGCCGAGGCAAUAUUGAGAGUUCCGGGAGUAACAGCAUGUUUUGUCGGGCCUUACGACCUCCGUCAAUCUAUGGGGCUGCAGGGUGGUGACGGUGAAGAGCCUGCCUAUAUCAGUGCAUUGCAGAGGAUUCUUGAGGCAGGGAAGAGGAACAAUGUAGUCGUCGGCACAGUUGGUGCGACUGAAGCAUCUGCUAAACGAAAGGUGGAGAUGGGUUUCAAAUUCCUACUAACGGGUCAGGAGCCCAAUUUUCUGGCUGCUGGUGCUAAGGCGACUUUGCAGCAGUGUCAACGGGGAGUAAACGCCGCGAGAACUAGCAAUCUCUAA